AUGGGAGUCUGUCAUGGAAGCACAAAAAGCAAUAAUGGAUAGUUGAAACAGGUUAUGGCCAAAGUUAGAUAAUCACAAGAUAUAGAAAUUAUAUUAAAAGAGACAACAGAAACAUAUAAUACAUACAACCCAUACAAAAACCCAAUUCUUAAUCGUCGUUUGAGAGAAUAAUCCACACCAACUUAAUCAAACGUUCAAUGA